GGAGGAGGGGAAUCUCCCGCCAUUUUUCAAUAAUUUCCUCUGGUGCCGCUGAGGAGGAGUCGUGAUUGCAGGACUCGGGGGCCUGGAGCGAAGGUUGGCCGGAGGCUGCCGGGCGGCGCAGAGGCGGGCGCGGGAGUUCUGUGCCUUCGCGUUGCGCUGCAUGGAUCUUGCGCGGCCGCGCUAGCACUGAGGGAGCCGGAGUUCGCGCCGCCCUAUCACCCCUCCCCCCCCCACCCCCGGGAGCGCGGCGCUCGCUCCGGCCGCUGGGCCUAGUGUGGCGCCGCGGGCUCUCCGAGGGGCCGCCGCUGCCUUCCUUGCCGCUGACCAGGGCGCCGCAGAGAAAGGCCGCCGCCGCGAUGGCGCCGCUCCUGGGCCGCAAGCCCUUCCCGCUGGUGAAGCCGCUUCCCGGAGAGGAGCCGCUCUUCACUAUUCCGCACACGCAGGAGGCCUUCCGCACCCGGGAAGAGUAUGAAGCCCGCUUGGAAAGGUACAGUGAGCGCAUUUGGACAUGUAAGAGUACCGGAAGCAGUCAGCUAACACACAAGGAGGCCUGGGAGGAGGAACAGGAAGUUGCUGAACUUUUGAAGGAGGAGUUUCCUGCUUGGUAUGAGAAACUUGUUCUGGAAAUGGUUCACCAUAAUACAGCCUCCUUAGAGAAGCUAGUAGAUACUGCUUGGUUGGAGAUCAUGACCAAAUAUGCUGUGGGAGAAGACUGUGACUUUGAGGUUGGAAAGGAAAAAUUGCUCAAGGUGAAGAUUGUGAAGAUUCAUCCUUUGGAGAAAGUGGAUGAAGAAGCCACUGAGAAGAAAUCUGAUGGUGCCUGUGAUUCUCCGUCAAGCGACAAAGAAAAUUCCAGUCAAAUUGCUCAGGACCAUCAGAAGAAGGAGGCAGUUGUAAAAGAGGAUGAAGGAAGGAGAGAGAGUAUUAAUGACAGGGCACGUAGAUCGCCACGAAAACUCCCCACUUCACUAAAAAAGGGAGAGAGAAAAUGGGCUCCUCCAAAAUUUUUGCCUCACAAGUAUGAUGUGAAACUACAAAAUGAAGAUAAGAUCAUCAGCAAUGUACCAGCAGACAGCUUGAUUCGUACAGAGCGACCACCAAACAAGGAGAUACUUCGAUACUUUAUACGGCAUAAUGCGUUGCGAGCUGGUACUGGUGAAAAUGCACCUUGGGUCGUGGAAGAUGAAUUGGUGAAGAAAUAUUCCCUGCCCAGCAAGUUCAGUGAUUUUUUACUUGAUCCAUACAAGUACAUGACUCUCAACCCUUCGACUAAGAGGAAGAAUACUGGAUCCCCGGACAGGAAGCCCACAAAGAAAUCCAAGACAGACAACUCUUCUCUGAGCUCACCACUAAAUCCUAAGUUAUGGUGCCAUGUACACUUGAAGAAAUCCUUGAAUGGCUCCCCACUCAAAGUGAAGAACGCAAAGAAUUCCAAAUCUCCAGAAGAGCAUCUAGAGGCAGUGAUGAAGAUGAUGUCACCCAACAAGCUACAUGGUAACUUUCACAUUCCUAAGAAAGGCCCACCUGCCAAGAAACCAGGGAAGCAUAGUGACAAACCUUUGAAGGCAAGGGGGAGAAGCAAAGGCAUAAUGAAUGGACAGAAAUCCACAGGGAAUUCCAAAUCUCCCAAAAAGGGUUUGAAGACUCCCAAAACCAAAAUGAAGCAGAUGACAUUGUUGGAUAUGGCCAAAGGCACUCAGAAAAUGACACGAGCCCCACGGAAUUCUGGGGGCACACCUAGGUCUUCUAGCAAACCUCAUAAACAUCUGCCUCCUGCUGCCUUACACCUCAUUGCCUAUUACAAAGAAAACAAAGACAGGGAGGAUAAGAAGAGUGCCCUGUCCUGUGUUAUCUCCAAAACAGCACGUCUUCUCUCUAAUGAAGAUAGAGCCCGCCUCCCCGAAGAAUUGCGAAGUAUUGUUCAAAAACGCUAUGAGCUUCUAGAGCAUAAAAAGAGGUGGGCCUCUAUGUCUGAAGAACAACGCAAAGAAUAUUUGAAAAAGAAACGAGAGGAGUUGAAAGAAAAGUUGAAAGAGAAAGCCAAGGAACGGAGAGAAAAAGAAAUGCUUGAGAAACUAGAAAAGCAGAAGCGAUACGAGGACCAAGAGCUGACUGGCAGAAACCUUCCAGCAUUUAGACUGAUGGAUACCCCUGAGGGGCUGCCCAACACACUGUUUGGGGAUGUGGCCAUGGUGGUGGAAUUCUUGAGCUGCUAUUCUGGGCUACUCUUACCAGAUGCUCAGUAUCCUAUUACUGCCGUGUCCCUUAUGGAAGCCUUGAGUGCAGAUAAGGGUGGUUUUUUAUACUUGAAUAGAGUGUUGGUCAUCCUCUUACAGACCUUAUUACAAGAUGAAAUAGCAGAAGACUAUGGUGAAUUGGGAAUGAAGCUCUCAGAAAUCCCUCUGACUCUGCAUUCUGUUUCAGAGCUGGUACGGCUCUGCUUGCGCAAAUCUGAUGUUCAGGAGGAAAGCGAGGGCUCGGACACAGAUGACAACAAAGACUCAGCACCAUUUGAGGACAAUGAAGUACAAGAUGAGUUCCUAGAGAAGCUGGAGACCUCUGAAUUUUUUGAGUUAAGAUCAGAGGAGAAGCUACAGAUCUUGACAGCACUCUGCCACCGGAUUCUGAUGACAUACUCAGUGCAAGAUCAUAUGGAAACCAGACAGCAGAUGUCUGCCGAGUUGUGGAAGGAACGGCUUGCUGUGUUGAAGGAAGAAAAUGAUAAGAAGAGAGCAGAGAAACAGAAGCGGAAAGAGAUGGAAGCCAGAAAUAAAGAAAAUGGAAAAGAGGAGAAUGGGUUAAGUAAAACUGAUAGGAAAAAAGAAAUUGUGAAAUUUGAGCCCCAAGUUGACAUGGAAGCCGAAGACAUGAUUAGUGCUGUGAAGAGCAGAAGGCUGCUUGCCAUUCAGGCUAAAAAGGAACGGGAAAUCCAGGAGAGAGAAAUGAAAGUGAAAUUAGAACGUGAAGCUGAAGAAGAACGAAUACGGAAACACAAAGCAGCUGCUGAGAAGGCUUUCCAGGAAGGGAUAGCCAAAGCAAAAUUAGUUAUGCGUAGGACUCCUAUUGGUACAGAUCGAAACCAUAAUAGAUAUUGGCUCUUCUCGGAUGAAGUUCCAGGAUUGUUCAUUGAAAAGGGCUGGGUACAUGACAGCAUUGACUACCGAUUCAGCCAUCACCAUAGAGACUGUGCAGACUCUCCUGAUGAGGAUUACUAUCCUCGCAGUAAGAAAGCAAACCCAGGCAGAAGUACAAGCAUGAACACACAACAUGGGCCAUCAGCAGAAAUUGCUGUAGAGACCACCGUACCCAAACAAGGACAGAAUCUAUGGUUUUUGUGUGAUAGUCAAAAGGAACUGGAUGAGUUGCUAAACUGCCUCCACCCUCAGGGAAUAAGAGAAAGCCAGCUUAAAGAGAGAUUAGAGAAGAGGUACCAGGAUGUUAUUCAUUCUAUCCAUCUUUCCCGGAAGCCAAAUUUGGGUCUUAAAUCCUGUGAUGGCAACCAGGAGCUCUUAAACUUUCUUCGAAGUGAUCUCAUUGAAGUUGCAACAAGGUUACAAAAAGGGGGACUUGGAUAUGUGGAAGAAACAUCAGAAUUUGAAGCUCGGGUGAUUUCAUUAGAGAAACUGAAAGAUUUUGGCGAGUGUGUGAUUGCCCUUCAGGCCAGUGUCAUAAAGAAAUUUCUCCAAGGCUUCAUGGCUCCCAAGCAAAAGAGAAGAAAACUUCAAAGUGAAGAUUCAGCAAAGACUGAAGAAGUAGAUGAAGAGAAAAAAAUGGCAGAGGAAGCAAAGGUUGCAUCUGCACUGGAAAAAUGGAAGACAGCAAUCCGUGAAGCUCAGACUUUUUCCAGAAUGCAUGUUCUACUUGGGAUGCUUGAUGCCUGUAUCAAGUGGGAUAUGUCAGCAGAAAAUGCUAGAUGCAAAGUUUGUCGAAAGAAAGGUGAAGAUGACAAACUGAUCUUGUGUGAUGAGUGUAAUAAAGCCUUCCACCUGUUUUGUCUGAGGCCGGCCCUCUAUGAAGUACCAGAUGGUGAGUGGCAGUGCCCAGCUUGCCAGCCUGCUACUGCCAGGCGCAACUCCCGUGGCAGAAAUUAUACCGAAGAAUCUUCCUCUGAGGAUGGUGAAGAUGAUGAGAGCAAUUCAGAGGAAGAAGAGGAAGAAGAGGAGGAGGAGGAGGAAGAUUAUGAGGUGGCUGGUUUACGAUUGAGACCUCGAAAGACUGUCCGGGGCAAGCAGGGCAUCAUCCCUCCUGUGGCAAGGCCAGGUCGACGACCAGGUAAGAAGCUGCAUCCUACCAGGAGGUCUCGGCCGAAGGCACCGCCUAUGGUACAAAGGAUCACCGAGGUUGAUGAGCUGGUGCUUCAGACCAAGCGGAGCUCCCGGAGGCAAAGCCUGGAGCUGCAGAAGUGUGAAGAGAUCCUCCACAAGAUCGUGAAGUACCGCUACAGUUGGCCUUUCAGGGAGCCUGUGACCCGAGAUGAGGCUGAAGACUACUAUGAUGUGAUUACCCACCCCAUGGACUUUCAGACAGUACAGAACAAAUGUUCCUGUGGGAGUUACCGCUCUGUGCAGGAGUUUCUCACAGACGUGAAACAAGUGUUUAUCAAUGCUGAGCUUUACAACUGCCGUGGUAGCCAUGUGCUAAACUGCAUGGUGAAGACAGAACAGUGUCUGGUGGCUCUGUUGCAUAAACAUCUUCCUGGCCACCCAUAUGUCCGCAGAAGACGCAAGAAGUUUCCUGAUCGGCUUGCUGAAGACGAAGGGGACAGUGAGCCAGAGUCUGUUGGACAGUCCAGGGGACGAAGACAGAAGAAAUAGAGAGGCAGGGCCCUGGUAAGGGAGCCGAGGUUGGGGGAGUAGAAGGAGAGGGCAAGGGAAGGGUAGGAGAGCAGGAGAGGAAGGUUGCAAAGGAACUUGGAAUGGAGGAGUUCACAGGAAGUCUAGAAAUGCCCGUCAUCUCAAGCUUGUGCUGUUUGUCUAAAACUCUCCUCAGGGCAGUCUUUAAGCAAAGCUCUUUGGGGAGUCUAGUAUAUUGGGUUGGUGGUCUCUGCCUAGAAAGAUUAUGGACAGAAGGCCUACACCCCACCCCACCCUUUCUGAGUUUCCAGGAAGAGUCCAAGGGCAUGGCUUUGUGAACGCACUGCCUUUCCCUUUCUUCUUUCCCAAGGCCCCUCCCACUUUGGUCACCACAGCCAGUGCCAAGCCACUCUGGUCUCCAGGGGAGGGAAUACCGCAUUACAUAGAAGGAUCGCGAGUAAUCAGGCCAGCUGGAGAGACAGUGUUGAUUCUUUCUCUCUCUCCAAUCUGUAUUUAUAUACAGUCUUGUUUCUUUUAAGCCCGUGCUCUGUCUCUUCCUCCUUCCCCCUCUCAGGUGGCAGUAUCAGUGAGUGCCAUACAGAAUUCUCUGUUCACCAGCAUUAUGAAACAGUAGUGAUCUUUUGAGUUGAUCUUGGCAGAGUGAAGGGACAUUUCCCAGAACCAUUCCUGAACACUUCUCCCCUUUGGGACAACCUUCUCCCCACCCCUCACCCCCUCAAAAAAAAAAAAAAACGAAAACCUAAGGCACUUCACUUAGAGACUGGAGUCCUGCUUAUAAUCAUGCAUAUAACCUUUA